AGUGGCUCCGUACUUGUGCGUGAGCGAUGAGGGGCAUGGCGGCACGCGCAUUGAUGUUGUACUGUACCGGCACAUUGCGCUAUGGAUCAUGUUAUCUAUAGUAAUACAGUGUCAGAUAAGGUCGGUAAGUGAGGUACCUAGAUACCUAGGUAGGUAGGUAGGUACCUUGACCUUACGUUCCUCUCUCCCUUCCAUCCUCUCGCUCUUCUUUUUUUCUUCAUUCAACCUACCUUUUCAAGGUACUUCGGUACCUUGCUUCCUUUGGCACUUUCACCUUUACUUUUAUCAUCUAAUCCCGCUUGGCAACCAGAGCAUUUGCACGCACAUCCAUCCACACCUCCUUCCGGAAGCUGCAAGAUUGGCCGAAACACGCUACGUGAUCGCCACCAUUCCAUGUUUCUAUUUCCAGGUUUUACAUGGAAAGACAUAUUCGUAUUCUUGUCUCCACGUCUACACCCUAUCUAGUCUAUAUCCCUACUCAGGUAGAUAGAUGCUGGCUAUUCCGACAUCACCACACCGGAUUUGAAUCACAGGGCCAUCAGACAUCAAUAAAGGGUCGACACAAUGCGGCCUACAGACGCUUUCGGGCGGCAAUCGCGGCCGGCGCCUGAGAGCGACGACCUCGGAAUGUCGUCCUUCCACCAGGUCACGGCCUCGCAGUCAAUGUCGUACUGUGUCGCCGACGAGUCCGCGGUCGACGCCAGCCUGGACCAGUCCUUUUCCGCCUUCACCAGCAGGACUAGGCAUGAUGCUCGGAAGAAGGAUCGCCAGCCAGCUCUCAUCCCACGCUCUGAACCCGCGGCCGCCGUUCCGUCGUCGUGCUCCAUGACUGGCGUAGAGGAAGCCUCACGCUCGAUCCCGGUGACCGCCCUACACGCACUGCUCGAUCGGCCGCUCUCUCCACCGACAGUCAAGACGACAGGCUCGACCCCUCCGAAUUGUUCUCGGCCGCACCAGCAGCAGCCCAUGUCUACGCCCAUGACACCAAUCCUACUCGGAGUGUCGGGUCCUGGAUCGACCUUUAGCGGACUAUCUUCGCGGCGGGACUCGUUGUCAGCCGGUUCGCUCUCUGAAGAGCUCGGGAGCAUGGUGGGAGCGAGCGAGGAGGGGUCUGCGGUCGGGGAGGACGUCCCCGAUGACGACCCAGGCGCUACGCCCAUGGAGCACAGUGCGGCUACUGCACCUCAGCUGGUCAUGCCCAGCAUAAAGAUGCCGAGCAGGCGGCCAUUUACCGAUGAGGGCAAGGCGAUCGGCCGGCUAAAGGUUUUGAUAGCUGGAGAAAAGGAUAUUGGCAAGACAUCUUUGAUUAAAUCUAUCGUGCAAUGUUGUGAACACAUUGUCCACCUCGACCCUAUCGAACCUACUCCUUCGACUUGGGAAACUGGUUCAAGGACUGAUCGGGCUAUGCCCCGAGCCGUGACCGAGAUCCACGGAAGUACCAAAGCCUACCCGGAAUGGUGGGCAGAUUUAGACGAGUCUCGGGUGCUUAAGAGGAGGAAUAGCUUAGGAGAUGUGGUUAUAAAUCGAAACAUAUGUUUUGUCGACACAAUUGGAUAUGGAAACGGCGCAAAGGCCCUACAAGACAUCGUUCCUGUGGUUCAAUACAUUGAGUCUCAUUUAGAGCGAAUGUAUUCAAACACUUUGAGUGAUUCUGAUCUUGCAACCAUGAUCGGUGGGGACGGAGGUCCUCAGGUGGAUGUUGUAUUAUAUCUAAUUUCUCAUGACAUAAAACCAGUCGAUCUGCAGUAUCUGAGGAUGCUAGCUCCUCUCACCAACAUAAUACCCCUGAUAGCCAAAUCGGACACUAUUGCAGCCGACGAAAUCUGGGAGAGGAAGCAGAAAGUGUUGAGUCAGCUCCUGAGCGCUGACGUGCGCCCUUUUCGUUAUUCAAAAGUAUCACCGACUAGUCAUGCAGAGGCUGUCUUGUCUGUGUCGAGUGCUACUGGCUCAGACAGCGAUUUGAUGGAUGCUAGUUUGCUCAUGAGCCCAGACUACGUUGAGCCACUGCUUCCAUCCGAAUUAGGCGAACUAGUUCGACAAGUGUUCAGCGCAGAUGGAGCGUCCUGGCUAAGGCAUUCGACUGCAAAGAAAUGCUUGCAGUGGCGCUCUGGAGAACAAGCAAGCAAGCCACAAGCAUUGUACAGACCUCUCAAUUCCUGGCCGCCUCCGGCUCAAGGGCAGACGCUCCCCGGAGGUCCGCAAGCGCCCUCUUUCAUAGGGACGACCGGAGAGCUGGCGGUCAGGCCCCCCGCAUCUGCACUAGCACUUGCGCCUGCGACAGUGAGGCGUGAGGAGCAGCUGGCGCAGAUUCGCCUGGCGAAUUGGGCCGUUGAACUGCAACGAAGCUUGGAUAGCGAACGAGCACGAUACGAGGCACUUGCGAGAGGCGAGCGGGCUGUCUGGCUCACGGAACGCCUGGGUGAAUGCGUCAAGGACGGCACUCUGGUGGCUAUUGGAGGUCGGGACCUCCAACGCCAACAUUCCCGAUCUCGUCUGUCAACUUCGUCGUCACCAGCUGGGCCCAAGGUUGCUCGCCGUGACGGUGUACAUACGUCUCGUGGGCAAACAACAAGAAGGGGGUUGCAUCUACAGUCAGCACAUUCGCAAGAUCCUCUCGGUAUUCUCGAGAUGCUGGCAGAUAUGAGAGCCAGGAGCUGGGUUGCUUUCGAGGUACUCGGCAGCAUUGGAGUAUUCGGCGGCCUGGCACUUUGGGUAGCAGGCAGAUAUUGGCAUGUGUAUCCCCGUGAAGACUUGAGAGGUUGCUUCGCGCUUCUAGGAUGCAACGGAGAGGCCGCUGGCCUUUUUACUCGCAACAACGUUUGGACCUGAGACCAGAGACAAACUUUACCUGAUAAAUAAUCAUUUCACGAUCCAGACUCGAAUUUAGCGUCAUGAACCCCGGAAAGCAGCCACACGGUCAACCCUUAUGCUAAAAAGCAGGUCACACACUAGAGCGGCACCCAGCCCCCUCCAAUCUAUCCACUGCUCCGAUUCCGAGGGCGAGGCUCCUUUGGGCUCUCUUUCUGAUGCAGCCCCUGAGCUCGAUCCACGAGCCUCCUAGAUUUGCGAGGCAGGGGAAACGCAGAAGACAAGACUACGCUAAUCUAGUCUAGCACAUACUGAGAUAUCGGCAACCAAUUCUUGUCAUAAUGCUGAUAACAUUUAGGUGAAUGAAUGGGUCACCAUUUUCCAAUAACGCCCAAAACGACGUUAAUGCCAUGUGGAAAGCAAUCUUCUAAGCAGCCACCUUGAACACUAUCAGCCACAAAAGAUGACGAGUCCAAAUUGGACUUUUAUAAUCUUCAAUCUGCUGCAAAAUCAAGGGAAAUUAUAUUAAGAUUAUUACUAGGUGGAUAUCUGUUCGGGUAUUGAUUGCUUGAAAGUAACAAAGUUGUUGGUUUUCGCCAAGUAUUCCCCUGAAUUUUCAAAGAUUCAACAUGGUGGUACCAAUCAUCCUUUUUUUAACAGGGAACCCCAUCAACGCGAAGGAAUAAACGGCCUAAUGGCCCUCUGCACAUAACCCUCGGGCAACCCAUAUCGAGCCUGUGCCUCUUCGAUGCCGCGGUUCAUCCUUGCAACAUAGUCCUCCCUGGGCAUGCUGGGCUUGACACGAUGGCGAUCGACGUAGAUGAGCGCAGGGACCAUGUAACUGUUAGCCUCGGCUUCCGACUCGCUUGACGACGUCGAUGAUGAGCCAGUCGAUCUCGGGCGGGCAGGCAGCAGCACCUCAACGUCAGCAUAGUACUUGAUGCACGCGAAGCCCGCGCCCUCGGUGAUGUCCAGCAUCUUUUCAUCCUCAGGGCACAGGUGGUACAGGACACCCCAGACGCCUUCCUCAGCGCCGAUCUCGAGAGACUCGGCAACAGGCGAGAGGGACCCCUUGCGACGCAUCACGUCGACCUCGUGCGCUAGCGCGCCAGUGGGGAUGACGUUGGCAAAGCCGCGCUCAUUGACGAUGAAGCUCCAGUCUGGCAGGAGCGCGAGGCCCUUGGCGAUGCUUCCCGGGCAGCGGCUCUCCAUCUGCGUCGGUGAUAUGUUGGAGCCGUACGCAAAGUAGUAGGCCGAACGUUGCAUGGUGCGGCGGGCCAUCGGGAGGCCGCCGGUGAAGGACGAUGGCGUCGAGAAGCCAGAGGAUGAGAUUGGGGAACUCAUGGUUGACGUUAUUUUUUGUCGGGUGCGUUUGGGGCCGGAUAAUUCUGGCUGUCGCAAGUGGAUUCAAGUACAAAGGAGAGUCGCCGAGAGGAGAAGGCCGAUGGUCUAAGAUGGGAAAUGUGGAAUAUUCUUCUUGAUUAUUAGCGGCGACAACAACAACGGCGGGAUCAGAUGCAAAAAUCCUCGUGUUCCGAGCGUCGCCGAUUUCCACAAUCUUCCAUGAGUUCAAGCAUUCUUUUGGUAACGGGGGUAAGGGAAACCGAAACACUUUAUAUGAAUCCUUUUUCGCACACAAGCUAUAUUUGAACAUUUCUUUUUUUGUCCUCGAUCCUCGACUGGAACACAGUGUCUCACUUAUGGUUCGCGAUAAAAACCCGGCUAGAAUAAAAUAAAAGCAUGGCAUGCGUACAUGGGGUUGUCCCGGUUGCCGUCGAGUUGCCGUCAUGUUCAUGAGAAAAGCUGCCAAAAAAGAAUGUGGUGACGGCAACAACUCUCGCCAGGGUCGUGCCAGGAAUGCGGCACAACUGGGGGCAGAGAGGGUUUCGAAG